UGUCCUUGACCGCUCUCCUGUCUAUGGAUCUUGAAGGUGCGUUUCGUUCGUUCGUUUUGAGAGUGACAAAGGAGAGAAGAGGCAGAGGGUCUCCAAAUCCAAUCAUCUGUUCUUGACGCUGCCAUAACAAGAACAGUACGGCCUCUGGUUUAUUAUUAUUCGGAGCGCACGACGAGGUUCGAUGGUGGUGAGAAACAAAUGGAGGCAGACGUCUCCAUCCUUCACUGCCGCGUUUUUCUGCGUCCACUCUUUCGCUUCUCUCCCAUUUCGUGGAAUUCUGCUCUGUAUAGAUACGUUGCUCUGAGCUUCAUGGUUUAGUUAGUGGCUUGAGCUACUUUGUGGCGAACUGGAAGCUUAAGAAGCCGAAUAAGCCUUUUGUGGUUAAUUAUCACCAUGGGAUUGGGAUUUCCAGGAGGACAUAGAGAAGGAUACAUAGGCCUUCCCGUCUUGUGGAUUACUAUAUUUUUCAUUAUGGGCACGACAACUGCAAACUUGGUCUUGAUUGGGAAGAACGUUUCUUUAACAUUCGAGGAUAUGGAAGCGAGCUUCACUCCAGUUGUUGUAGGUUCAGGAGAAUGUGGGAUGCUAUUUUUGGCUGAACCUCUUAAUGCCUGCAUCCCAUUGACUAAUGAUGUUGCUGGAUUAGAAGUUCCAAGAUCCCCAUUUGCAUUAAUUAUUAGAGGAGGGUGCACAUUUGAAGACAAAGUAAGAAAUGCACAGCAUGCUGGAUUCAAGGCAGCUAUCAUCUAUGAUGAUGAGGAUACUGGUGAUUUGAUUGCAAUGGCUGGGAACUCAGCAGGGAUCAGAAUCUAUGGAAUAUUUAUUUCUAAGGCAUCUGGUGAAAUGCUGAAGAAAUAUGCUGGCAUAAUUGAUAUGGAGUUAUGGAUAAUACCAACUUUUGAGAAUUCAGCAUGGUCUAUCAUGGCUAUCUCUUUCAUAUCUCUGCUUGCUAUAUCAGCUGUUAUUGCAAUAUGCUUCUUUGUGCGUAGGCAUCGAAUAAGAAGAGAUCGCCCUCAAGUUCCCUAUGUUCGUGAGGCUCAUGGAAUGAGCGGUCGUCUAGUGAAAGCAUUGCCAAGCGUCUUGUUCACUUCUGAUGUUGAACAUAACUGUACAUCAUGUACAUGUGCAAUAUGCCUUGAUGACUAUUCUCCUGGGGAAAAGCUAAGAGUACUGCCUUGCCACCACAAGUUUCAUGCUGUUUGUGUUGAUUCGUGGCUUACAAUCUGGAGAACUUUCUGCCCAGUGUGCAAGCGUGAUGUACGAGCAAGCAUAGGAAAUCCUCCAGCUUCCGAGUGCACACCUUUGCUUUCCCCAGCUAUUUCAGUUCCUGCAUCUCCGUCUUCCUCUGCUAUCUUCUCAUCCUCCCACUCAUUACGGACAGGUUCACCAGCCAUACGAAUAACUCAGGCGUCGUACCAUUCUCCUGCUAGCUCCCGCAGUCAAUCCCUUGCAAGUACUCCCAUUGUUCCAUAUUCGCUUAGGUCAUAUGGUAAUUCUUCAGCUGUGCGGUUCAGUCGAAGUUCUGCAGAUCUUCAAAAUUUAGCAUCUCAAAGAUCUCGUCCUCCUCAUCUCCCUUCACCUCAUUCAUUGGGAUUGCCUUACUUGUUUUCUCCUUCUGGUUCAAGGCACGGUUCGUAUCUCAUGGGAUCAACCAAUGCAUCACCGUUCUGUGUUGGAUCAUCAAGUAGGCCGCCAUGCCUAUUACAUCAUAGUGAAUCAACUACGAGCCUGUCUCCAUUUGCAUCUGCUCAGUCUUUACCUGAUUGCUGAUUCUUAUAGGUGUCUAAAGCUUGAAACCAUGUGUGUCAUGUAUAGACAAUUGGAGGUUCCGAGUUUUUUUCUCCUUUUUUUUUUUACCUUUGUUUCUGGCGGUUUUCUGAUUUCCGAGUUGGAGGAACUAUGAGGUUGAAGUUGCAGAGAUCACCCUUUUAGGUGAAGAGUCCUGCUUGCGGUCUACUAACCCUGCUUUGUUUUUGGCAAAUUGGAUUGAUUACUGUACUUGUAAAUCCUCUUCGCGGCAAUAUACAUGAUUUUGCAGGUUCUGUAUGCAUCGAUAAAGUUGGCAAUGGGCAUCUUUAUUUUUCUUC